UGGAGACUUGGUGUUGUGCUGUUACCGGUGCCCAGAGCGACUGCGGCGGGAGCUACUGCUGCUAUCAGAAAAUGGCUUCUUCUUCUUCUAGUAUUGAUCUGAAUGCCACGCAGCACCUGAGAGACAUCCUAAAACUGGACCGACAGGAUGAUUCUGAAAGUGAAAACCAGAGGAAACCCAGUGCCUUCAAUGGUGAUCUCAAUGGGCUUCUUAUUCCAGAUCCUGUUGCAGCCCAUGCCUUGCUUCCUGAAUCAUGUGUUAAAACUGCUCCCAUAGUCAACAUAUUAGACCGACAAGUAAUCUGCCUGACUGGAGAUGACAGUUCUUCCAUCGAGAUCACAGGAAAAGAUGUUGAAAUUGUAGCUAGCAGUGACUCAAAUAUAUGCAGUAAAGCGAGAGGAAGCAACAAGGUCAAAAUACAGCCUGUAGCAAAAUAUGACUGGGAACAAAAAUACUAUUAUGGAAAUUUAAUAGCGGUUUCCAACUCCUAUCUUGCAUAUGCUACCAGAGGUGCCAAUGGCUUGGCUAUGGUUCGAGUGUUAAGUGUCACAACAGCUGAGCGAAUUCUGCUGAAGGGUAUCAAGGGAACAGUUUCUGACUUGGCGUUUGCUCAUCUGAAUUCUAACCAACUUGCGUGUCUUGAUGAAGCUGGUAACCUCUUUGUAUGGCGACUUACAAUGGAGAAUGGAAAAAUUCAAGAUGAGAUUCUAGUGCACUUACAGAGACCAGAUGAUACCCCAUUAAAUAAUUUACGAAGAAUAAUUUGGUGUCCAUACAUCCCUGAAGAAAAUGAAGAUGCUAGCCAGGAGGAUGCUAGCCAGACUAUUGCUCUGUUGCAUGAAGACCGGGCUGAAGUAUGGGAUCUGGAGAUCGUAAGAGGAAAUCACAGUACAUGGCCAACAGAAAUUAUUGAUGUCAAAGAAGGAUUUAUUGUUGUGAAAGGACAUUCUGGGCACUUGAGUGAAGGUGCUCUUUCCCCCGAUGGAACUGUUUUGGCCACUGCUAGCCAUGAUGGCUAUGUGAAAUUUUGGCAGAUCUACAUAGAGGGUCAGGAUCAGCCAAGGUGUCUUCAUGAGUGGAAGCCUCACAAUGGAAGACCUCUGUCCUGCCUUCUGUUUUGUGACAAUCAUAAGAAACAAGAUCCAGAGGUUCCUUUCUGGAGGUUUUUAAUCACUGGAGCAGAUCAGAACAGAGAGCUCAAGAUGUGGUGUACAGUCUCAUGGACAUGCCUCCAAACAAUUCGGUUUUCUCCCGACCCAUUCACAUCCAGUGUUUUGCCAGGGCUAAAGGCUACCUUGGAUCUUUCUUCAGAAUUCCUUAUACUCACAGAUGUUCAGCGAAAAGUGCUGUAUGUUAUGGAGCUAAUGCAGAAUCAGGAUGAUGGAAAGGCUUCCUUCACAUCCAUUUCAGAGUUCCUGCUCACUCAUCCUGUGUUGAGUUUCGGCAUUCAAGAUGUUAGUCGCUGUCGUCUGCGUCAUACAGAGGUUCUCCCUUCAGAAGAAGAAAAUGACAGUAUCAAUGCAGAGGAGUCAAUGGAGCCUGAAACCGAUGAGUCAGCAAGCGGUGUGCUUAUAAAACUGUUCUGUGUACACACUAAGGCCUUACAAGAUGUGCAGAUAUGGUUUCAGCCUCGCCAGAGUCUAGAGCUUGGGGCAUCUCUCACUCAAGAUUCUCAUUCUCAAGACUUUGCCAUGCCUUCUCAAAUGGCAAGCAGUAGUCAAGAAAGACAGCCUUCAUCCCAGAAUGUACUACAUGAUUCUCAAGUUGACCUUCGAAGAAUUACUACAGACUUCCUUUUGUUUCCAGCAGACACUAAGCCCAUUCUGAUGACUCCUGAUGCUUUCAUGACUACCAGUACUUCUUUUCAUCAGAUUACAUCUUCGCCUGGGGGCAGCUGCAUUACCACACUCACAUCUGUAACACCAAUCAGUAUGGUUUCCAUGAACGAAACAGUCAUGUCCAGGCCAUCGGAGGAAUUAAGUCCAAAGCUGCUGGAAAACAUGGCUUUGAGCAACGCUUCUUCCAGUGGAGGGAUUCAAGCCAGUUCACAAAAUUCUUCUGUGCUCAUCACAGGACUCUCUGAGAAAGUUUCUCCCAAAGUCCAGGUGACUCAAUCCAGUCUUCCUUUGGAGUUGCAAGGUUUAGAGCCUUUGGGAAUACCCCAAGCUUCUCCAACCCGUGAGCGCUCACCUGAUGUGAUUUCUAGUGCUUCCACUGCAAUUUCCCAAGGUAUUCCUGAAAUUGCAUCAGAAACUCUACAGAGAAGUUACCCGUCACAGCUGCCUUCAGGUCUUUCCCCUGAGGCACCUGAUGCUCCUGACCACACUGACAGCAUGAGCUCUGCUGCUUCUGCUCUGCAUUUGCUAUCGCCUCGGAAUUGUCCCACAUCAGAACAUGUACUUAGACCACUGGAGGUCCGAUCUUUUGGAGUCGAAAAUGAGAGAAUUGGUGCUCCAUCUUUACCUGACAACACAACGGCUCAUAAUAACACUAAUGAUGAUAGUCUGGUGCCUCAGCCAUGGCCUGCAGCUCCUGAUAUAACCAGAGAGACAAGGAAUAAUCUAGUAGAGAGUGUACGAGAUGAUCAAGAAAGAGCAAACGCUUCAUUCCAUAGACACAGCUAUCACUUUAUUCAGCAACAUGACAGCCAAGAUGCCAGUGCUGAACAGAGUGACCAUGAUGAUGAGGUGGCCAGUUUGGCAUCUACUUCAUUUGGCGUUGGAGGGAAAGGACCGAGCCAGAGACUUCCUGUCAAGGACUGGAAAGCGAAGUUGUCUCCUCGCUCAUCACCAAAGCUUCGUAGAAAAUCAAAGAAAGAUGAUGGGGAUUUGCCACAGUCGCCAAGAUUAUCUGAAAAUCAGGCAAGUUCAGAGCAACAGGGGGAAUUGAUAGCACUUCUGCGCAACCAGCAAAGAGAAAUAUCAGAUUUACGUCAGAAUCAGCUGGAACUUAUACAGAGGCUAACAGAUCACAUGGAUUCAGUACAGAGCUCCAUCAUGGGCCAUGUUGAACGUGUAAUUGACAGUCAGCAGGAACAAGAGCAAAGGAGACUUGAUCAAAUUUUAAGUGAUGGGCAGCAAAGGAAUGGACAGCUGCAAGAAUAUCUCUCUCAACAGCUUGCUCAAUCGCUUUCUGGAGCUCUUUGCAAUCGACUAGAUAAAACUCUACGGGAAGAAAUAAAAAAGACCGUUCCGCAAAGUAUCUCCAAAGUUUUGGAACCAGUCACUGGGCAGCUGAGUAGUACAAUAGCAGCAAAACUUACUGCUGUGGAGGGGAUCCUAAAGGAAAAUAUUACAAAGAUGGUAAAGUCAAAGAAUAUCACAGAUGCUGUUGGUCGAUCUGCUGCUGAGGCUCUUCAAGUUCAAAUCCAAUCCACAUAUAGAGAAGCUUUCCAAGGCAUUGUGCUUCCUGCGUUUGAGAAGGGGUGUCAGUCAAUGUUUCAGCAAAUUAACAACAGUUUCAAGCAAGGUACACAAGAGUAUAUAAAUCAGAUAGAAACACAUCUGAAGAACAAAAAGGCUCAAGAGCAUGAAACACACGAUCCACUUGUGCUACAGCUUCAGCAGCUGAUAGAUUGUCUCCAAACCACCACAGAUCAGUUGUCAACCAACUUAGUUGGCAGCGUGCGAACAGAGGUCCAGCAUCAGCUCCAUGUAGCAGUGGGCAACAUGCAGGACUCCAUUUUGACUCAAGUGCAAAGAAUCAUCAAGGAGGAAGUGAGUCAUGCUAUGAAGGAGCAGCAGGCAGCUGUCACUACCAGCAUCAUGCAAGCCAUGCGAUCUGCUGCAGGGACACCCAUUCCAUCUUCUCAUCUUGACUUUCAGUCCCAACAGGCACACAUUCUACAGUUAAUGCAGCAGGGUCACAUCAACCAGGCUUUUCAACAGGCAUUGACUGCUUCAGACCUUAAUCUCAUCCUCUAUGUGUGUGAUACAGUUGAUCCUCAGCAAGUUUUUGGACAAGAACCUUGCCCACUUACUCAGCCAGUCCUGCUUUCUCUUAUCCAACAGCUUUCCUUUGACCUUGGCACACGUACAGAUCUUAAAUUAAACUAUCUAGAAGAAGCAGUGUUGCAUCUUAACCACAAUGACCCUGUAACCAGAGAUCACAUGGGAACAGUCAUGAACCAAGUACGCCAGAAGCUGUUCCAGUUUUUGCAAGCUGAACCUCACAACACUUUACAUAGGAAUGCCCGACGACUCAUGAUAAUGUUACAAGGACUGGUUACACCCAGUGUGAGCUAAAUGUUCAAGCAAAUGAAGAUGUACAAAAAAGCAUUUCAUUCUGAUUUUUAAUUAAGCACAUUGCUUUCUUUUUUGAUCGGGUUGCAAAGAUAGAAUUAUUAACACCCUUGCUUUGGUGCCUGUAAUGUUUUUCAAUCGAAUGUCGUAUAUUGGAGCUAAAAUCAUUUUCUAUUAUCUAAAGUUGAAAAAUAUCAUGUAUCUGACUCUGCCAUUAUUUUCAACAUGUGCGCAGACUUUUUGUUAAUCAUUUACACAAGAUUGUGUUUACUUCAGUCCUUUAUUUUCUGUCUGUUUUGCCUGUAUUUAACUCUGGCAUUCUUCUCAAUAUAUGCAUACACAUUUUGUUAACCAUUUA